AUGUAUUUCCCUACUGUAUUCUUAAUUUCAGUACACAACAGUGAAUCAACGUCCUCCGCUGAAGGAGGUCAUUUUGGCGAAGAAAGAAGCGUGGUUGAUCGAAAACCUCCAGAAAUUUGUCCCAGCAGAGAUGAUGACAGCGACACUAAGAUCGAAAGGGUUCUUCUCAUUGACGAAAGAAAUGAGAUUGAUCGAAUAUGUCAACUAUAUGUCAUGAGGGAUAACAAUGAAGAGGACGCCAAGAUGGCUAUAAGGAUACUUGAACAAGCAAUGAACUUACUGCACAGCGAUUUCAUUGCAAAGUCUCGAUGUAGAUUACGAGAUGUUUUUGAACUAGUGUCAAAAUUAGAUUCAAGAAGCUUCAAGACGCCUUCGGGGCAUGACUUGCAAGUAUUAGAACAUGGAGAGGAGCUAUUUUGGACGUGGGGAGGCGAGAAAGGCGUGAGUUGUUCUGUUAAACACGGUAUCAUCAUUUUGGAUCCAGGUAAUGCUCAUUUUUAUGCACGGCUGGUCAACGUUCUUGGAGCAUUUGCUACAGAAACGUCAGAGUUUCAGAUUGCCGAAAAAGCAUUCAGUAUUUUGAUUGAGCUCAACGAACAAUCAGAUUCAACAAGUCGCUUGCGUGGUAUGGGAGCUUCUUUUAAUAACAGAGGCUGCAUUUUAUUGAUAACAGGCGAAUACAAGCAGGCGAGCAGCGAUUUCCAGAAUUCGCUUAGACAUUUAAAUUGCUGCAAGAAAAAACAAUCCUGCUUCUCAGGCAUAGACUCUAUGAUGACUGCAGUGGAGAGCAACACAUGUCGUUUAGAUAUGUCUUGUAGAUAUUUUUCUAAGGCAGUGACGGAACAGAAACGACUGGUCGAAAAAUGCAAAGCAAAGGAUAAUGAGCUUCCGUUUCAAACAGCUUUCACGGUUUUGCUAAACCAAGCAAAUCUGUACACGACUCUCGCUAUGUUCGCAAAAGCAGAAAAAGAGUUAAAAUUUCUUAAAACGCUCUGCAAGAAAUUGAAAAGAGAUGAGUGUGACUUGUUACUUAAUUUUGUUCAUCUCCAACUCUGCGAGGUACUGCUACUUCGUGCUAAGCACGAUGAAGCAGAAAGAGCAUUUCCUUUUGAAGCGUUAACUUCGGCAAGCGUGCAGGAACUAAUGCCAGUGUUCCAGGGACUUCACUUAAACGUCAGGAUUGAGUCAUUUGAAAAGAUGAUUGACGUCCUUGUCCAAAUUGGAAAAAUUAAAUUUGCUUGUGAACUUCUCGAAAAAGGUUUGAAAAUUGUCAAAAAAGUUUUUGGCUUUGAUCAUUUUGAUUUCGCUUCACUGUUGUACAAGCAAGGGACGAUUUUGACACUUAUGGGUCAGUUAGCCAGUGCACUGAAGAAAUUUGAGGACGCAAAGGAGAUAUGGAGAUUAAUCUUUGGCGAAAAGCACCAACUACUCAUAAACUGCUACACGUCACUUGGUGAUAUAGCCUUUCGAUUAGACCGUGCAGGUGAAUCACGUCUUUACUUUCAGCGUGCAAUGGAAAACGUAGAGAUCAUACACCAAGUUUCACUACCAGACCAGCUGUCCAUGAGGUACCUCGAACUGACAAGGAGCACGAAAGACAACUCACAUUCGGAAUAUCAGCGAAGAGAAAUACAGGAGGAAAUAGUUGAAGGUCUUGUUGCAGAGUAUGGGCUAGCGUUAGCCGUUCUGGUUCGUCAGCUAGGAGUAAAAGACAUUCAUGCCUCCCGAAAGAAAAAGCAGAAGGGAAAGCAACCACAAUUUGGAAAAGUGGUGAGAGUUCGACAUCUUGAGUCCACUUUCGUAAUUUCUCAGAAAUGCAUGCGUGACCUUUUACAAAGUGGCAAGACGUUCCUCCAACACGGAAUGACCAAAGAAGCCCUCGCCUUCUUUAAACAAGCAGGCAGGUAUGGUAUGACAAACAAUAUCGCUUGUCCUAAUGCAGCAUUGGUACACCUGUGUACUAUCAUCAGUCAGGCAAAACUGACAAUUAAAAAUAAACUGAAGAUUCCUGCUCUAAGCAGUUAUUUGGAAGACGUUAAGGCAGAAGCGGAAGCAAAUGGUAAUGAAGAAAGCAUUGAGGGGCAUUCAGAAGAAGAAGAAGAAGAAGAAGAGAAGUUAACGUUUGACAACCAGAUGACUUUGAAGCUAUUGUUGAUAUUUUUUCUGUUGCUGUCUAUUCACCUACAAACGCAUGAUACUACUUUUGCUGCCUAUGAUUUUUAUGCCAGCCAAUUUCCAAACGACGACCGGUGUUUUCUAACGCUGGAUGGCGCACUUCAGGUGUACGCGUCUAGAACGUCAGUAACCUGCAAUGGAAAAACUGCAGUACAAGACGUAUUUGUCUCUUCGGCGAUUUUUGAAAACAAAAGCGAUUGGGAGGGCCACCUCUCUGGAAAGCCUUUGUUCAGAAGCUUAGCCUGGAGAAGCAAUAAGCCAAGUUGUAAUUUAGUAGCGUCUCUCAGUUCACCCUUCUUUAUGGACGUCGAUGAUGUGAAGAAGUUGGAACAGAAGGUAUUGCAUUCAUUCCAAGAGUUUUUCCAACUGAAAUCUCUUGGUUUUGAACGUAAUGCAACUCAGGCUGUUGUCGAUCUGACGUGCUGUUGCGAGCAAGAUAUCAUGACAUGCGGCAGUCGUAUUGAGCUCCUUCCUCUCUGCCUACUUGAACAAGUCAGCCAGAGCAAGAUACCCAACGAAUGUAGAAUCAUUUCUGAGAUGAACCCUGGUUUGUGCGAAAGAAUAACAUGCAUGAACUUUACUGAUAAGCAAACAACUUGUGCUAUGUUCAGCAAGAUUUCUCUUUGGUUUCUUAAGAACUGUACUUGGGAGGAGACCUCGGCCCUGAGGCCACAGGAUGAGUGUCUAGUCCUUACUGUUCUCGAUCCAGUCAGAGCUAGGGUGACCCUUUGGCAAAAGGAUAUAUCAAUCAUGCAAAAGGUCCAAGUCAUACGUAUUACUGACAGUACAACUCAGCUGGAUGAAAUGAGUCGAGAACUCAACUUUCGAGAGGAUUUUUGCAGCAGCUCAAGUCCUUGCUGCAAAGCUAUUGAGCAAUUUGCUAUUGAGCGAUUUUCGGAAACACUCACAAGCACACAUGGAGUACGAAGCAAGGGCAGUGUAGUGAGACGGCAAUGUGCCUUCUUGGAUGAGCCUCAGUAUGCCAACGAUAAUUGCCUGAAGGCAGCUGUCCCUCCCUCGAAAGAAUUUCAACGAAAGGGGGAGUGUUCUCCAGUUUACAGUGAAGAAAAUGUAAGUGUUAUUAAUUUGUGUAAAUCUUGGGGUUGCCUGAGAGGCAUCCAGGGUACAGUAUACUGAAAUAUAGAGGUUACUAAGACUCAUCAUAUGAUUUCAUAUCAUCGAAAUAAAGUAAUGGAAUUUCAGUCGACACUGUUACAUAACAGCAUUAAUGGAAUGCUAGAACUGCGUUUUCCAACACUUGGUUAGGCUGCUUAUCCAACUCAGUCCAGAUCGAAGGGGAUUAUUAAUCUUCCGCUAAUACUGACCCUGGGGCUACACUCACCCAUACAAGUCGUUUAUGUUUAUUAAACCAAACAAUAUUCCUUUGCUAAACUUUAACAUCAUCGUCAUCAUCAUCCUUUGCCUUUCAGCUGAGAGUCCUCGAACGACCUUUCUUUAUGCUACUCCAGUUUCAUCGAUAUGAUGUCAAGUAAGGAUUGUCGCUUGUUUGUGGUUAGUCACUUGACUGGCUGAACACAAACGAGCCCAAGAAAUGGCUGAACAACAUUAGCAAAAUCAUUUCUUCGACUAGCAAUUUACUGAAAGCAUUGGUUACUUUACAAAAUACUGACUACCAACGACUCACUUUAGAAAGCAGGUUUACUAACUUAGAUCACAGGUGGCCCAAGCUCGAAAUAUGACCAUUGGCGUUGUUGGGCAAACUUCACGACAUAAAGAUUUUUAUGCAGAGAAAACUAUUGUUUCUGUACUCUACGUGUGUUAAAGGUUUUCAAUCAAAAUCGAUUGACUUAUCCCAUUUUCGUUGUUAGUUUCUACUUUUUGUGUGAUCCGCGAGCCGAUAUAGGUUCUCUUUUUGACUCUUAUGGAAUAAACCCAUAUAACUACUUAUUAGAGAGUUUAUGAUCCGACGACGCGAUGCCAACGAGAUCGCAAAAAAAAAAAGCAAACAAUACGUUUAGAGGGCAAAAGAACAACUUUACACGUGCAUUAAAACUUUUUGUAAAUGUCUUUGUCGUUUUUGCAUGACUACAUGACUAAAUCAUCCUAAAUCAAAAAGUCGCCUUUAGGAGGAGGUAAACAAGCGACGACGAAAUUUUGUUUCUCCUUCUGAGCUUGGAUAGAGAUCCUGGCCUAGCAAUUAAACUCCAGGGGGGUUUGCCUACUUUUGAUAAAAGUGAAUGGGUAUGCCGUAGGAAUAAUCGCGAUGAAGACUGGAAGAAUGUAAAUUCACUUCUUAUGGGACGUUUUCGCGGCCAUCGCGUCGUCAGAUUGAAAGUCCCUUUUAUUUUGAAGGCUAAGCAACAAUGCCGAUGGUCAGCCGUUUAAUACCUGCAAUAGGCCAUUUUACGGUUGUGGACUUAGUACCUUAGCCUUCGAGUGAAUGGGAGGCUGACGGUGACCUUGUUUUGGUACAAAGUACAAACUUCCAUUGCUUUGUUACGAAAAUUGUUCUCGAAAAAUACUAGUUAGCAUAAAAAUAACUUGAUUUUCAUUAAUAAUAAAGCAGGAAGGCUUGUAUCAAAACAAGGUCAACUCCAGCCUGCUUCCAUCCACAACGGUAAAACGGCCUAUUUACGAGGCAAAACUCCCUUUUCUCCCUAUCCUUAAGAUGAAUAACGAACAGGGUGCAUAGUAACUACCAACAACAGACUUAUUUAGAACUACAUUUUGUACCCGGAUGAUCAUAAUGCACCUACCUUAUGAUAAUUGAUUCCAAGGUUCAAACCAUUCAAUUUGUCAUUAUUUGUUAGCAGGAAGCUGAACGAACAGAAAUUCAAGUGGGUACUUUCGAGAUCCUGACAGAAUUCAGUCGGCUAUCCCGUCAGCUCUCUGAUAAAGAGAUCCAACCCGAAGAUGACAUUGUUACUGCUACGACGUUAUCAGCUCUGGAUGGUAUGGCCAGUCCGCCUGAUGAAGAGCCAAUGUCAUACCCUAAAGUUUGCUUGACGUCUAAUGGUGGCUCUGAGGAAAUUAUUUCCGGCAAUUUUGAACUGACGACCUGCAGUUUUAAACAUGAUAGUGAAAGAGGCGAUUCAGCAAGAUUGGAACGAGACCAUUCGGUGUCUACAGAAGCAGAUCAACUAUCACUCGAGAAAAAGCAAACAGAGACUCGAGCAAAGGAAGACUCCGUAUUUUUGGGAAGAACAUUGUUUGAGGAAGACAUGAAGUCAAGACGAUCAUUCAUAACAGACUUUCAGGAGCGCUUGAGGAAAAAGGACACGUGGCAGGAAAUGAAGUCAAAAGUCCUUGAUGUGUCUGCAAAAAAAGUCUUUAAUGGCGAAAUAAGCUCUUUUGUGGAAGGUCCACGCGAUGAAGCUAGUCAAAGUGUCUUUGGCAAAAACAGUUUCGCGAUUUUUGGUGGAGAGGACGAAGAGGAUAGGGACCAAAGCGACAGAAAGAAAGAGCAUUCUACAGUCAGUUGUGAAGUCUCCGAAGGGCAUGAAAAUGAGGGCAUUAUUCCAAACGACAAGGGGGAAGAGUCACAAAACAGAGGAAGGGAUCACAGCAGUUCAGAAUCUUUAAUUGACUCGAGGAAUCAGAAAAGAACGGGAGAAAACCAGGCAAGCAACGACAAAACAGCUUUUGUAAAAACUCCGCCCAACCCUGGAGACAUGAAUGUUACUGCCAAUGAACCCUGUGUAGUUGAGAUCAUUGAAGAAAGCCUGGUAGGUAGAAAUAGCGUGUUGCAAAAGAGGGAAGGCAUUCAAACAAACGAGGCUCAAAGAAAGUGCAAAAUUAAUUGUAAGACCGCUGCAAACGAUGUCCCCAAACCAGGUGUUGAAGACGGCGGAGAAGCGGUUGUAUCUGGUUCUUUGAAAAAAAACGUCGCACCUUUCCAAGGUGAUCAAAAUAGAUCAUUGGCAUUGGUUGAACUGGCUAUGAAGAGAGCGGAAAGCCAUGUUGGAAGUCAUGGGAAAAUCAAUCCUCGGCAGUUAGAAGAUGGAAGGGAUAGCGAUACGUGUGGUGAAUUAGGUCCAGAGGCUGCCAAAAAUGGUGGGGAUAAAGAAUUGUCCAUCAAAGCUGGGAGAGAAACUGGUGUCCUACCACUGCUACCAUUGGAAAGCCGUUUAACCGUCGGUUGUUUUGCUUCAAACUCUCCCCCACAGUCAAGUAAAGAUGUUUUCGACGGUCCCAACUCACCCAAUUCAAAUACUCAAGACCAAGAAAAGGUGGAAACUAGUGCUCAAACUUUGUCUCCAAGAGAAAAUGAUGCAGAAAAUGAUUAUUGUAGUCGGUCAUUUUCGCAAACAGCUAAUCAGGUAUUUAGUGCCCCACCCUUCUUGAUUAGCGAAGAUAAUAGCAAAGAUUGGAUGCAACCCAAGUCGCGAUCUGCGUUUUAUGGGGGUGAUGCAGUAGCUGAUGGGUGUACACCAGGGGUCCCGUUUCAACAAUCAGAACAUGCUGCGGCCAGUCCUGCUUUGAAAGCCGUUUGCUCUUACCAGUCAAAUGUUAAGAAGGAGAAAAUAAUACUCGAGGGGGGCAGAGCAAGCGAAGGAUCUGGUGGUUCAAAGAAUAUUGACGAGCAGAAACAUAUCCGGAACCAUUGUCCGAACAAUUUUGGAAAUCCAGAUGUAAUCGAUGGCUCUGUAGAACAAACGUCUUCAAAUGUCACAAAUGCCAGUCACUCGUCUCCUAAUUUUGGUGGUGCCAGACCAAAGCAAGGUUUCCUUGUAGCAGGAAAAGACUAUUCUGACAGCGCCGGUCGAGUCGAUUUAACACCUGCUUAUCCACCUGGAAAAAUCGGCUAUGGUUUGGAUCCUAAAUUUGUGGAGCGCCAUGCAGUUAUUAACAGCCUGCAAACAUCUAAAUUAUACAACACUAACGUCAAUGUGGCAACAUGGGACGAUCCUCGAGAAACCCAUAUUCGGGAGCAUUAUUUUUCAGCUAGAACCUUCGGCAAUGUAAACAGUAUGCCUAGAAUAACAACAUACGGCCCCCCAAAUAGCCACUUGUCAAAUAACAGCUGCCAAAAUUCAUUUAAAAAGGUUGUUUUCACAGGCAGCAGUACUAUCGAGAGCUCUGUCCAUACUAGGACUUUGAGCCAGGCUCCUUUGCCCGAGCAAGACGAAAGCUGGCAUUUUCCAGCUCUGCUAGUGAAUUCAGAACACUGCGUCCAAACAGGUUAUUUCCCGGCUAGGGACAGCGGUGAAUGCGCAAAAUAUCUCAAUCAAGGAGCUUUGCAGCAAGAUUGUGAACCACUGUUUGACAACUCAAUGUCUCGUAGCUCUUACCAAGAAAUGCGUUCACUGGCAGACGAAUUCAUGAUUGAACAGGGUAGCCAAGGUGAAGCCCCAGGAUAUUCAGACAGUUAUACGGAAGGAGGCUCCGCUGGUGUAAACAAAUUGAAGCCAAAUUCAAAUCAAGGAUCCCAGGAAUCUCUCUUAGAAUGUCUUCGAAUGGUCAUGUCAACAACUGUUAAUCUCUUUGCUUCGAUCAAUGCCAGCGAAGAGCAAGUAAAAAAUGACAAAAACAAAGAUCAGCACACAGAAAAAUUAAGUAUUCAAGAAGAAGCAGUGGGUCAUAACUGUGAUCGUACGGGAACUGACGGCGAAGCAUAUUUAGAAGAACGAGCAGCCUCUCUUCCGAGGAAUGAACGAGCGACGGACACCGAGGAAGAAGACCAUACCUCGCCUGUGCAAGAAAGCCCGCGUCCUGCAUGCGGUCAUUAUCAGCGGCGAUGCCUUGUCCGUUUUCCAUGCUGUGGGCGUUUCUACCCCUGUCACAGAUGUCACAAUGAGUCGGCCGCAUGCACUGAUGACCAAGCAAGGGCCAUAAACGCUACACAUAUCAGAUGUACCAUCUGUUACCAUGAACAAGUGGUAAGAUCAUGACAUAGUUAGUUUUCAAAUUAAGGUAACAUGACAGAUUCCAGAGAUCUAUUAAUUGACUCAACUGUACUCAAGUCAGAUCACAUAUAAACAGGAGUGAAGAAGCGCGAGACAAUCCCUAGGUGUUCGUUUUAGCAAAAUCGCAGUCAUAUAGUCUUAAGGAGAGUUGACUUGAACCUUAGCUUUAGUCAUUUACUUUUUGUACCUAUUCAUAAGUUCGACUAUGUAGCUAGAAUCACCGCAUCGAGAAUUUUGUGGUGAAAACAGUAUUGAUGUCUAUAGGACAUGAUUAAGUCUAUAAUUUAAGUUUGUUUACCUUUUUUUGACGUUGCAAAAUAUUGCCCCUUUCAAAACAUGGCCAGUACAAAUUAUUAUUCUGACAUACUUUCUUAUAUUCAAAAACUUUAGAUCGAUGAAGGAAGUCAAAAGUGUCGUGGCUGUAACUUAAAACUGGCGGAUUAUUUCUGCGCCAUCUGUAAACAUUUUACCUCACUCGACAAGAAUCCAUUCCAUUGUGACAAGUGUGGUAUCUGUAGGUACGCGAAGGUGGUAUAUAACAGUUCAGGAAAAAAUAAUAACGUAAUAUCGUACAUGCUUAUUGGGCAGCGCAGACCAAAAGCGGUUUCCAAUAUCGAUAAGGUAUUCCCUAAUAUUUGCUCUACAUCGGAAUUAUGGCGACAUCAAACGAGAAUCACCGUUAAAAUUUAGCCAAGAUGUCGAUUAAAAAAAAAAGAAUAAAAUCGGAAAAGCGAAACCUUUAAAGGGCAAAUCCAAAUAUUUUUUGACUUCAUUAAGUCGUUGUAGAUAUCAGUCUGCUAGCAUUGACCAAUGCCUAAUGCGUUUACACUGGUGCACAUAUGAAGUGCAAAGACUACAUCCUUUUAUCUGCUCGAAAUGUAACGCGGACAGAGCACGUAAUCGCCAAAGAAACGGGGCUUUGAAUGUCUUUUUGGGUUGAGUUCAUCCAUGCACUAGAAAAAUGAGAGCAAUAUAAAAUCGCUACUGCUGCGAAGUAAGCGGUGACGGACAAGUGGUAAUAGUUGGGAAUUUUAAGUCCGCCUUCCAAAAACAACCCCAUUUUUAUUAUCUCUGUACUACCAGGUGACAUCUUUGGAUUUAUAUCCUCACUUCCCAUGUACAUAAAACUUUGUCUUUGGUCGGUUGAGGCAUUUCAACACGGUCCAGUUUGUGUUCACAAGAAAUAGGAAGUGCGACCCGGCGGUAGUUCGGAAAAUCCUUCUUUUAUCUUCAAUCUAAGAACUCAAUGCCCCUUCCGUGGUAAUACCAGACUCUGCAACAAAUGGGAUAAAAUUUCAAAAAAAAAAAAAUCUCCUUUUUAUUUGUUUAUGGUGCUUCUUCGUGCUGUUUAGUACAUUCGGGCAACUUAUCUUUCAUUAUCAUACCAGGUGUCUCAUCCAUUAAAACAGUUUAUUUUUAACUGCACAGAAUCCAUCGUGACAAGUCUUUCCACUGUAACGUAUGCAACGUUUGCUUGGACAAAAGACUUCAAGGGAAACACAAAUGUCGACCAGACUCUGGCCAUGAUGAAUGCUGCAUUUGCCUGGAGGUAAAAUAUAAAGUUUUAGCUACUUAUCGUAAAUCUGGGCAUUCCAAAUUGACUUUAUAUAGCUGCUUUUUUAAAAGUUGCUAGUUUCUCUUAGCAAUUUUCCCAACAUGGUUAUUUAUUUAGUUUGUCCAGUUAUUUAGACAGAUUUCUCGAUCCAUUGAUUGCCUCUGCUUGUACCAAGGCAAUGGCGUGGGACUAUAGUCGGAUUUUACUAAAACAAUUAUUCCUUCCGCCCUCAUGGCUUCUAAGUCAAUAGCCCAUUCGGCCUUCGGCCUCAUGGGCUAUUGACUCAGAGCCCAUUCGGGCUCGAGGAAUAAUUGUUAAAUAUACUCUCGGCAGUAAGUACAAUUACACUUGUUAUUAAAUGUUAACUAUGUUUACAUGUACAUCAACAGUAAACAACUUUUUUUCUUUUGAAUGACAGGAUGCUUUCAGUGGCUGUCAGAUUCUCCCUUGCUCCCAUAAAGUGCAUAAGGACUGUGCUAUAGCUAUGAUUCAAAACGGAAUGUGA